GAUGAAGGUAAUUUCAUCUUACAAAAUAACCAAUUUUUUCACAUUCCCUUUGUGUGAGGACAAAGAUGGCGUGAAAAUAAAGCGUGUAGUGUUUUUGUUAUGUACUCUCGCGAGUUUCUCUCUCUCUCUCUCUCUCUCUCUGAACGCAACACAGCACACCAUGAAACGUUAAAAUAUCAUUCUGGUUCUGUGACAAAGACAAUCUCAUCCCUCACUCAUUCCACCAUCUGUAAUAUUUCGUUGAGUCUUGUGCAGCAAUAAUGAAAAUCAACAGUACCAAGAAAGAAAAAAAAAUUGGCAAUGAACUUAAUCUGUCACCAUCUCGAGAAUCCUCGAUAUUUUCAAACACAUUCCAUAACUAGAAAAUUUCCCUCUCUACUAUUUCUCUCUCACUCUACUUAAUAAUGUAGCUUUCAUUGCAGUACUAGUACUUUUUUUAAAUUACUUGAUUAUUUCUAUUUGUUGAAGGAUAAAGUUUCAAUAUUUAUAUAUGUAUUUUUCAAAUUUAUAAUACCCCACAAUUUCAUUCUUCUUUCUCAGGUCAAUACGGGGUAUUAAGGAUUCUUCAGAGUAGGUUGAUUUUUGUCGAGAAAAAUUUGAUCUUUUUUCAAAUGGGCACGGAUGAAAGCGACAGCAUGGCACCAGGUUCAUCUCCUGUGCAAGAAAGUGUGAGCGUGGUUCGAGGUUCAGAGCAGGCGAAGGAGGUUGGGGAAGUUGUUGGGGGUUUGAGAAGUGAGGAGGGGUGCGGUGGGGUUGCUGUGAAUGGGGGUGGGUUUUCUAGCAUUGAAAACCAAGGUUUGGGUGAUGAAGGGGUUGUUGUUAACGUUGUCAAUAAUAGUAAUGUAUUGGAGGCCAAGGUUUCGGUUGUGAGCGGAAAUGAUUGUCAAGUUUUGACUGAUUCUGAGGUGAAUGGGAUGUCCCCUUGGCUGGGAAUGCAAGAAAGUGAUAUGAGCACAGUGUUUUCUGGUGACGGAACUGAGAAGCUGGAUUAUGAUUAUGCAUCUGAGAAGAUGGACUAUAUGUUUGCUUCUGAGAUGGAAGAGACUGCUGUUUUGAGUUUGGAUGGAUCGGUUGGGGAUGGUGGAGAGCAUGGAAGUGAAGGAGGCAAGAGUGGUGAGGAAGGAAAAUAUGAAGCUUGUGAUGCCGAUAAUGUCACUCUUGCUUCGGAGAGUAGAGUUGCAGAAGUUCCUGUUUUGAGUGGGGAUAGUGUGGUAGAGGCUGGUGCUGAACACACAAUAGAGAGGAAGGAAGGUGAAGACUGUGAUGGGAACAUAGGGGUGGCAGCUGCUGUCAUGAGUGUGCAAAGUUUGUUAGGGGUUGAUGGUGAUGACAGAAGAGAAGAGGAUAAAAGUGAAGAGGGAGGUAAAGAUGAAGAUUGUGAUGGGAAUGAUGUGAUUACUACUUCUGAGAGUGGACCAGUAGAAGCUGCUAUUUUGAUUGUGGAUAGGUCAGUAGGAGUUGGCAAAGAAGAUGUAAGAGAAGAAGAUAUCGGUGGAGAGGAAGAUGGUGAUGGGAAUGUUGUGACUGUGACUUCUGAUAGUAGGGUAGCAGAAGCUGCUGUUUCGGGUGUGGAUGCUUUUGUGGGACUUGGCAAGGAAGAUAGAAGAGAAAAGGGUAUCAGUGAAGAGGAAGGUGGAGACCAAGACCGUGAUGGGAAUGUUGUGACCAUUUCUUCUGAGAGUAGAGUAGCAGAAGCUGCUGUUUUGAGUGUUGAUAGUUUUGUAGGAAUUGGAGGGCAAGAAAGAAGAGAAGAGAAUAUACGUGAAGAGGAGGGUAAAGAUGAAGACAUUGUUGCUGUUGCUUCCGAGAGUAAAGCUGCAGAAGCUGAUGCUUUAAGGGUGGAUAAUUUGAUAAAUGUUGGUGGGGAAGAUACAUCAGGUGAAGAACGUGAUGGGAAUAUUCUGACUCUUGCUUCUCAGAGUGAAGUUGCAAAAGCUGCUGAUCUUAGUGGGGAUAGUGUGGUAGCUAUCGGUGUGAAUGACAAAACAGUGGAGGAGUGUGAAGACGGAGGAAAGAAAGCAGAAUGUGGUGGGAACAUUGUGAAUAUUACUUCUGAGAAUGGAGUAGAAGAUGCUGCUGUUUUGAGUGUGGAUGGUUCAAAAGUGGUUGGUGUUGGCAGUGAAGAAGUAGAAAAAGACAAAGAUUGUUCUGAGAACAUUGUGACUGUAGAGGUUCCAAUUGCAGAGACAAGUGAGAACAUGGAUGUGGAUGUGGAGGAGUUGAGUGAUGAAGGGUAUGGUUAUGCUGUUGGUGAUUUUGUUUGGGGUCAAGCUGAGAGCCAACUUUGGUGGCCUGGCCGGAUUUAUGACCCAUCUGAUGCAUCCGAUGCCGCAUUGAAGCUGAAACAAAAGAACAGACUUCUGGUUGCCUACUUUGGGCAUGGAACCUUUGCGUGGUGUCAUCCAUCACAGUUAAAGCGUUUUGAGGAUAGCUUUGAUGAUAUGGUUAAACAGAGUAGCUGCAUCGAUUUCACCAAUGCAGUGCAAGAAGCUGCAAGUGAGGUCGGAAGGCUUCUUUCUAUGAAGCUGAGUCGUUUAGUCGUUGACAAGAAAACAGGUUCUGAAUCUGAAUCUGAAUCUAAAUCUACUCUCCUACAGGGGAAAAAUUCUGGAAUCAAGGAAGGUGUUGUUGUACCAGAAACUGGCAUAGAUAGACUUUUAUAUAGUCAAUUUGAGCCAGCAGAAUUACUUUCUCAUGUGAAUCGAAUUGCACGAAUUAUUGAUAGUGGUAGUAGUAUUAUGGAGCUGGAGAUCUUAAAGGCUAGACUUUCUGCAUAUUAUCUGUCAAAAGGGCAUAGAUUACCUGAUUUUAUGGAUACCCAGCUGGUGCAUGGAGUUGAAGAUAGUCUAAUGGAUGAAACAGUUGCUGUAGAGAACAUUAAAAGUACCGUGGAAGCCCCGACUCAAGGACCAUUUGAUGAACUGGGUCAUUCUCCAGGGCUUUCAGGGAACAUAUCGAACCAUGUUAGAAAGCAGAAAAGCAUUGCUGAGAUUAUGAGGGAGGACAAAGAUGUUAUGGUGGAAGCAAUUGGCUCAAAUGGUGGAAAGAAGAGAAAAGGUGGUGAGGAUGGUGUGUCAUCUAAACCUGUUCAGAAGAAAAAAGAGUUGCUGCUUCUAGACACUGAUGAAGAUGUGUCGAGUGCUGAACAUUCUGCCAAGGAAAACAGUGGUAGCAUUGGCUCAUGGAUGCAGUCAAAGGAGAAGAAAGAAGUUUCAGAUGAAGGGAAGAGCGAAGAACGAAGCAGGAAGAGUGGUUUGUCUAGAGAAAGGAAGAAAAGUAAGUACUUGUCCCCUCCUUUCACUGCUCCAAUCAGGGGGCAAAGAGAGGAAAGUAUUGAAGCAGAAUCCAUUACAGUAUCCAGAAAAGUUAAAGCAUCUCAGACAAGUGCAGUGGCUGCUGUUCUGCAAUAUCCUCCAGUUUAUAUGGGGAGGUUUUUUGAUAGCUCAAGUUACCAAACUGAAGAAGAUGAUGGGAAAAUGGUUAUUGAUCCAAAGAAAAUCCAAGGUCAUGUGGAGGAAGUUCUGUUCCAAGUCCGUAAUGCAGCUAUUAGUCCUCAAAUUCGUAGGGAAGGCACUUCUCUUGACCAAUUUGUUGACUUCACUUUUGCAUUCAGAAGUUCAUUAUAUUCUGAAGGAUCUUUACGUAAUGUGUACGAGAAGAAUGAGCCUGGAAGGAAAAGAAAGAAGCCAGAAUCUGAAGAAUCACUGAAACAAAAAUCUGGUACAAAGAAGAAAAGAAAGGAAAGUGGUUCAGGUAAGAAGGAUGCUGCUGGUGAAAAUGCUGAAGGUGCUGUUCUUGUUGUUUCAUUUUGCCCAGGAACAUCUACGCCUUCAAGAUCUGAACUUAUCUCAGUGUAUAGUAAGUUUGGAGCUCUGAAUGAAGCAGAAACAGAUAUGUUCUGCAAUGACUACACAGCUAGAGUGUGCUUCCUGAGAACCUUUGAUGCUGAAAAUGCAUUCAACCAUUCUAAAAGCAAUAACCCUUUUGGAUCUUCUGAUGUAACUUUUCAGCUCGAGUAUUACUCUGAAGGAUCAAAGUCUGAACAAGAUGGUGAAAGAUCAAAGAACACACCUUUGCUAGCAGCUACACCACCAUCGGUUGGUGAAGCAUCGAGAUUGAUCUUUAUCCAGAAGAAGCUUCAGGGUCUGACUUUGAUUCUUGAAGCAUCAUCAGGUGACAAAUCUCCCGAUUUGAUGGCUAAACUACAGAGUGAGGUGAAGGCUCUUCUGGAGGAUGUCAACCAAAUGGUUGAAGCUUCUCUGUUUUAGUCAUUAUUUAGCAAUGAUUAGGGUAGGUUUUGUGACAAUAUGCCCUUCUUUUUUGGUUUUGUCGUUGUCUGAGGCCCCUUUUUGGUUGACCUUGGCCUAGCUUUAUUUGACAUAAAGUUAGUUGGUAUAGUUUGAUGCGGGUCAUGACAUUUGGUAUUAAUUUUAUGGACAUCGACAUCUUUAGACUUUUCA